CAUGCAUCUACUUUCCCCUUUUUCUUUCUUUAUUUAUUUCAAUCUUAUAGGUGAGCAUUAGAAAACAUAAAAGAAAAGGGAAAAAGAAGGGCGGAGGGUGUCUUGUGACCCCAUUCCAAAGGCAGCAAAAAGGAAGGUUAGGAAAAAUGAACAGAACAGAUGUUAAAGAGGAGAGAACACUUGAACAAAAGUUAGCAGAGGAAAGCUGUCAAUACCACUGCCCCCCUCCCUCCUUUUCCUUUUAAAAAGAUCAUCAAAACCCUCUUCAAAGCCCACAAAAAUCAGUAGGAAAAGAAAAAUAAAAUAAAAAAACACAGUUCAGAAACAGCAAGCACAAGAUCUGAAACAAAACCCAUCAACAGAAGUAGAGAGAACAACUGAGAGGAAGAAGUAGAAAGGAAGGAAGAAAGUGAGAAGAAUAACUCUUGAACAACAUGAGAGGCAGAGAAAGCAAAGGCCCUCUUUCAACAGAUCUCUUGGUCUGUUUUCCUGCCAGAGCCCAUCUGACACUAUUGCCCAAGCCCAUCUGCAGUCCAGCGCGGCCAUCGGAUUCCAGUAAACGCCACCACCAAAACCACAAUCACAACCAGCAUCAGCACCAGAACCAGCACCAGACCAACCACCACCUCAGAAAAUUGAGCAGCAGAGGUGGUGGGGGUGGCCAUGCCAGCCCUCUCUUAUGGUCCAAAACAAAGCCUGUAGGCCCGGAUAUCUCCGAGCCCACAUCGCCGAAAGUCACAUGCGCCGGACAGAUCAAAGUCCGGCCCAAGGCCUCGUGUAAGAAUUGGCAAUCAGUCAUGGAAGAGAUAGAGAAACUUCACAACGACAGAAAACAGAAGAAGAAAUCAUCCAGUUGGGCUGAAGCACUCGGAUUCAAGAAAGAUACAAUGCAAUUCUUGACCUGUUUAAGGAGAAUCCGAUUCGAUUUCCGGUGUUUCGGUUCGUUCCCUACCUCAGACCUGACUUCUGACGAAGAAGAAGAAGGUGACGAGGAAGUCGAAGAAUAUCCGAAAAAAGAAAGCGGGGAGGUGGGAAAAAUUGAUGAGGAUGAGAAUUCAAGUACAGUCUUCUCCAAAUGGUUCAUGGUCUUGCAACAAGAGAAAAACAUUCCGUUUGCUACUAAGGAACAGAGUGAACAGAGGAAACAGAGUGAGGAAUAUUCUGACAAGGAAGAGCCUACUGUCGCACCAUGUGGUCCACCACCAAAUGCCCUUUUGCUGAUGCGGUGCAGGUCUGCUCCUGCCAAAAGUUGGUUAGAGGAGAGAGAAGAGGAAGAAAGAGAAAAUCAAGAAGAAGAAAAGAAAGAAAAAUUGGAGGUGAAGAAGGAAGCGAAGAGGAGUAGGAGCUUGGCAGUGGUGAUGAGGUGUGAUACUGAUUUCUACAAUUUUUCGCCGGAUAACAUCGCAAAGGAAACUUGGGUUGUUGGUGGUUUGAGGGAUGCAAUAUCAAGGAGUCGAAGUUGGAAGCGAUAAUACCCAAAAUUCGGUUCGAGCAUGAGUGUUAU